CAAAUCUCGCGAUGGCGGGAGGAGGUGCAUCCACAGAAGCACUGAAAGAAGAAAGUGGGUCACCACCUGCCCGGCCCGCACCUCUGGGAGUCAGUGGCCCUAAGAAGAGCCAAUGGGGCUUCUUAAUCACCGGGGUUGUUGGCGGUACACUGGUGGCCGUGUAUGCUGUGGCCACACCAUUUAUAGCACCAGCCCUCCGCAAAGUUUGUUUGCCUUUUGUGCCUGCAACAACCAAGCAGAUCGAGAAUGUCGUGAAGAUGUUGCAGUGCAGGAAAGGCUCGCUGGUGGACAUCGGCAGCGGCGAUGGGCGUGUUGUGAUAGCAGCUGCCAAGGAAGGCUUCACGGCGGUGGGCUACGAGCUCAACCCCUGGCUGGUCUGGUUCUCCCGGUACCGCGCGUGGCGAGAGGGUGUGCAGGCCUCGGCCAGGUUUCACAUCUCAGAUUUGUGGAAGGUGACUUUUUCUCAGUACUCGAACGUCGUUGUCUUUGGGGUGCCUCAGAUGAUGCCGCAGUUGGCCAAGAAGCUUGAACUUGAACUUGAGGAUGGUGCCAGAGUCAUCGCUUGCCGGUUCCCGUUUCCGAACUGGGCCCCUGACCAGGUCACGGGUGAGGGCAUCGACACCGUGUGGGCCUACGACAUGGGGACUCUCAGAGGGAGCAGCCAGGGCCCCCGAGCAUCUGCGCCUGGACAGCUGGUCACGCAGAUAUAAGUGUCGCUGAGAGUGUUUCCCUGAAAUGCUGGUGGUCUUUGCUUUUAUAGACUCACAGCCGUGUCUUCAGCAAGAGAGUCUUUCUUUGGUACAGAUCGAGGAAUUAUUACUUUCCUUAACUUCUGGAGAAAACAAGCUAUGAACAGCCAGUGGAUUUAAAGUCCCAUUUCAGGGUAUAUUCCUAAAUCUGUGCUGCUUUCAUGUGUGUAAGACGUAGCCAGUGAGGGCCGUGUGGACGGACUGGAAGGCGUCAGCAGCUGUUCACGUCGUGGAGACCGUGAUGCGGUGCCAGAGAUGAGAAUUAAACAUUGUUAAAGAGGGUGUGUGUCAGCGAUGUCGACAGCGUCCUCUGGCUUUAUUCAGUCUUAAGGUUUGUCUCUUUUCUGUAUUUCAUGACAAAUAUUCUAAAGGACUCACAGAGACAUUCAUAUUUUAUAAAAUUUAUUAGGAAUCAUUGGUUCCAAAGUUAACUGGCGUCUAUUAUUGAAUCCAUGCUGUGAGUCCAAGGGCAUGUGCAUACAUACUUUAACAUUUCUGAAUUUCUAAAAAUCACUUGCUAUUGUGGUAACACUGGUUUACAACACUGUACAAGUUCCAGGUGUACAGCUGCACAUCUUGACACCUGUAUAUGCACAUCACACCUGCCACCAAAGGUCUGGUUGCCACCCACCGCCAUGUACACCAGGCCCCGGUCUUGAGGAGUUUGUUUAUUGUUAAAAGAUUUUUAUUUAUUUAUGCACACAAGAACUGGGGUGUAGGCUAGGGGUGCAGGAAAUGAGAGGAUUCACCAGACGCAGAGUGGGGAGCAGAAUAGGCGGAUCUACUGAAAUACACUGUGGAGGGGAACAGCGGGGAGA